GGACAAAGCACCAGGAUGAGCUGUUGGAGCAGCUAAAAGACAGUCCUGUCGACUUGAGCGGAGAUGGAAGAUGCGACUCCCCAGGCUUUUCCGCAAAGUACCUGACUUACUCCGUUUAUGCUCCUCAAAUCAACAAGAUCUUGCACUGUGAACAAGUUCAGGUUGGUGAGUGUGAGGAAGUACGGGCCAGUGUCCAGAUGGAGAAGCAGGGACUUAUUCGCUGUCUGGAAUUCCUGAAGACCAAGGACAUCAAGGUGCGCUCUUUGACAACUGACCGACACCGCUCAAUAGCGAAGCACAUGAGGGAGGUGGAGCCUGAAGUUCUUCACUACUUUGAUGUGUGGCACGUAUCGAAAAGUAUAAAGAAGGCUAUCACAGCGGCAAGCAAGGCCCCCGGGUUCAGCGCACUUCAUGACUGGGUCCAGGCAGCUGCAAAUCAUAUGCAUUGGUGCGCCGCAGCAAGCAGGGGCAAUGGGGACCUGCUCGUGGAAGCGUGGGCAAGCAUAGCACGCCACGUCGCUGAUAUCCACAAUGGCCAUGGCGGUCUGUACACUACGUGCCUCCACGGACCCCUGGAUAACGUAGAGUGGCUUCCUCCAGGGAUGCCUGCUCACGACAAGUUUGCCGCCAUCGUGGCCUCGAAACGCCUCUUGAAGGACUUGCGCCAGUUGUCGCCCGACACCCAGACAUUUUCUCUGGAGUCAUUUCACAACGUCUUGAAUGGGUUCGCUCCUAAGUCGACAGCAUUCUCAUCAGAGGGCAUGCUUGCCAGGACCCGCCUGGCAGCACUGCACUUUAAUGAGAAUGCGGAACGUCAACAAGCGAUGACGAAAGAUGGAGAACAUCAGUGGAAAGUGAAGUCACCGAAGGCAAGGAAGGGGCACCAUGUCGUGUGUCCAGUGAAGACAGAGAUAACAUAUGGCUAUGUCCAGGAGCUGAUGGCUGUGGCUGUUGAAAUGUGCGGCUCUUCAACCUUUCUGAAGAAGUUUCAGGCCGCAAGAACACCUCCAAAGCCAAAUAUGAGCGACCAAUCGGAACGGCCAUCAAAAAAAGAGUUAAUUGACUCCAGAGUCAGCCGCUUUGCCAAGGCGAAGCCGCAGAUUGUGCAGGUACAACAUGUGCAAUAUGCCAACCUAAGGAAACAACACAUGAAAACAAGGAAUGAAAAAUGACAACAAGGAACGUAGCAAGUGAUUCAGCGUGACGACGAAGGAAGGCGUGGCGAAUAUUAUCAGGAUCACACAAUGAUUUCGGCUUCAAAUUUUACGAACUCUUGACUAAUCUGGUUGAAUUAUCGAAAGAAGUCUGUCGCGGGCCAAGAUGUGAAAACAGAUUAAAAUCAGUGGCCAUUUUCUG